AUGAGCUUCCCAGAUGUGCGCCUGCUCGUCCCCAGAACCUCUGCCUCGACGUCCGUGCUCAAAAUGUCGAAAGCUGAAUGCUGUCGAUCAGGGAAUCGGCAUCCCCGCGCGGAGCUCGAAUCGGGAAGCAAGUGAUGGUGGUCGUGAUAUCUCGGGGCAGGGCGGGACCGCCAUGUCAGAAGCGUUAGAACUCUCCCACCGCAGAACGCCUUGCGGUGAUUCCAUCGUCUGAGUAUAAUGUUGCCCACGCCCAUCGACCAACAGACAAUCUGCUCAAUCUGCUCUUCGCAUGCGACGACGGGCAGCGUGUGUGUGUCCACUAGACUCGGUAACGGAGCAUGAAUUAAUGCGCCUUUCGGAGGUCGAGGCGGAAAUCAGACGCUGAGUGAUUGUCGUGUGAUUGAUUGUCUGCCGGAACUCAAUGCUCUUUGUGGCAUGACACGCUCUUGCGUGAACAUCGGGCGUGGGAAUCGAUGGAGUGCCGCAUUGAGAAUUAUUCUCAUGCAGUACACGAAUCUAAUACGAAGGCUUAGACCGCCGAGACCCUUCGGGGCAUUCAUGAGAGAGACAAUAUCAAGUCGCAGACGACAAAUGCUCUCUGAUUCGGGUCCGCUGGGCCCCUGUGCACAUUCGUGAGGAGGCCUAAAAGGCAAAAGCUCCUUUCCAGAGCCCGUGUAGGAUGUACAGUGUUCACCAAGCGAGUCCACGUACAUAAAGGAUCUGAAGAUGCUUCUCCUCCUUCUGGGCAAGUUGUCAUUGCCAGUUUAAGAUAGGCCAGGUGCUCAGGUUCUCCCUCGAUCUGAGGACGCUCACACUCAACGAAGAGCGUGCUCUCCGUAUGUCAGAUCUUGCCACUCCCGCGGCCCUCAUCAUCAUACAGAAAGUAAAGCGGUUCACAUCAUGUCGUAUACGUAGCACCAAGGGUCCUCGGUUUCGAUCCAGCUCCAGCAGUCCUUGGUGCUCUCGCAGCAAAGGAGCUGCGCAAGUUGACCAUGAAUUGCUGCUGUGGACACUCAUGACCUCAUUCCUGCAGUCAUGUGUCGUUCACAGCAUCUGAAGCAUUAUCUUAAAACGAUAGAUCCAUAACCCAGUGGACUGGCGGGGAGAAAUCACACGCGCAAGAUGGCACAUUUAAACCUUUGCUAUCUUUUGUGCAUACACUUUCGUAUGUGGUUCGAACAUAGUAUCUCAUGGUGAUUCUUCAUGAUCAACAACCACUUGCGUAUCGUACGUGGUAUCUGAGAGCACUUUGUAUUUCAUGUAUAGGGAUGACGCCUGAUCACGGUGGUCGCGAGCCAUACCCAACGACUUUUUAGCUCCUCUGGCUAACCUUGUACGAUGGGUAUCGAGGGGACGGAUAUUCUUGAAGCCCAAGUUGCCAAGUGCAACUGCCCCUUGGGUAAUGACACCCAUUCGCUGGCAUCGAAUGGAACUCCCAAGCCUUCGAUUGACUGGCUACACUACUGCACAAAUAGCUCCUUCAAACCAGAAGAUUACGUGCAGGACGCACAAGUAAUACGGCUGCACCUGGCAGCUAGAGAUAACAACACCUCAUCUAUUAAGAAAAUUCUUGCCAAGGGGGUGAGUGUCAGUGUACCAGACGAGGUAGGACGCUCAGCUCUGCAUUGGGCGGCCGUGUUUUGUAAGCUGGAAACUGUAGAGGCGAUUAUUAAGCGUUUUCCAGCGUCGCUGUUGGAUAAGGGUGAUAGAAGUGGGUGCACUCCGCUUCAUUAUGCCGUUCUGGCAGGCAGAGCUGACGUUGCAGGCAUGCUCUUGAAGGCAGGUUGCAAUGUGCAUGCCAUAGACAACCAGGGCAGGACUCCAUUGCACUACGCCGCUCAGAAUUCGAAUUUAGCCGUGGUGGCCGUUCUUCUGAGACGUGGAGCAAAUCCAACUCUGGUUGAUAAGCUGAAGCGCUUGCCAUACGAUGUGGCUGUAGAGUAUAACAAUAUAAAGAAAAUCCUCGAAUGUCUUCGAUUAGAACCCUUGAAUGCUAUGGUUGCCUCAGACAAAAUGAAGCCAGUAGAGCAUCGGCAAAAGCAACCGAUGCUUUGGAAAGCAAAGGUGAACGAAAGUCAUGGAAAAGUGCCACUGGCGUUUAUCUCUGAUGAUUACCUGCAAGCUGAGAAGAACUGGCAAGCAGAAGUCAGUGGAACCGAUGAGGAGCAAGACAUUGUCGACCGGCCUGUGGAGAUCGUCAAGGAACAGAUGGAAAGGGAUGCAGACAAGAUGAAACACAAGCUGCGCAAGAUUGAGCAGACAAAAAAGGGCUCUUCAGAAGAACAGAUCAGAGUGCAGCAGAAAGCAUUGAAAAUGCUUCUGGACCGGGCUAAGAAAACUGCCAUGGAACAACGAAGGCAAAAGUGGGCUGAAGAGGAGCGAGUGAGGCGGAUUGCUCAGUCUCGGACAAGGACCAUGACCCCUUUCACAAUUUCCAACUCUCGAUCAUCAUUAGGGAUGAGAACUCCGACAGGAUUCUCUGUCAGACACUUUCAGACGUCGCGUAGGCCAUCCGGUGCGAGCUCUUCACCGUGCCGGACAGAGGAGAUUGAACCAGAUUCCGAAGGCAGUGAGCGACCAGGCAUCUGGGAUGCAAGCUACCUGGCGCUGGGGAAUUAUUUCCAAGCACUUCCUUCUCCCGAGCUGCGGACUGGCAUCGAGACCGAAAUGUAUACAACCGAGAUGCAAGCUCCAGAACGUGCUCCUCAGCAAACAGCAACAGCUAUCAGGGAUUCUCCAACAGAUGCCAAUGUUCAGCAAGAGCAAGAGCAAGAGCAAGAGCAAGAUCAAAAUCAAAUCCUGCGGGACCAGCCACAGACAGAAGACGAGAAUGCAAAUGCGUCGUGUCCUUACCUUCAGCAGUGGAUUGCCAAUGCUUUUUCUUAUCCAGCUGUUCCCCCGGUUAUGUGCCAAGCAUUGAAUCCAGAUGCACCUCCUUAUACUGGAGAUUUGCACGCGGAACAAAGUGGUCGAGGACCAACCUUCGUACCUCCAGAGCAGAGAAAUUUCAUGGUCUACUCUGUCCCGAAGACAUAUACAGAGGAGAAUAAUGUACCUUCUGUUGUUCCGAAUUCGAAUGCAGGUCAAGCAAGUCUACGUGGACCUCCACCGGAUUACCAACAACUUUUCUUCCAGCAUGAUAGAUCGCGUGCAUCAGGUGAAUGGAAGGUCAACGAAAUCCUCAAUGGCCCCAUCAUGGAUACUGAAGCCGGUGCUUCUCCAGAAGAAAGCCCUUCUAAUCCAUCGGCUCCAUACGAUGGAGAAAAUCAGACCGAGAUCCGACCAAGCUAUGAGGAUGAGCCACCUCUCACGGAAUACAGAGAUGGAGAAGUCGAGAGUCCGGACAGAUCAACAAUUGCAAGAGCACACAAUGAGAGAGAUAGGUCAAAUCAGAAUCAGGAACCAAAUGGUAAUUCGUCUCUCGAGGUUAGAGGUACAGAAGGGAAUGAGUAUACGGAUGAAGAUGAAGAUCCAUUCACUCGUCUAGGUUUCCUCCACUCGCACAAGGUACCGAAAGGUUCCUUCUGUGGACCUCCUAACAGACACGGAAUCGACUGCUACACACGUCCCAAAGCCCGCAGCCAGGCGGGCAGAGUCCGUGUAGUGGCUGACUACAGGUGGGCACACACUCAGGCGCAACCCAAGAACUCGUGGUCUCCAGACGAGCCAUGGAGACCCGGAGGGAUUUCGAAAACGCUGGAACACUGCAAAACAUAUGGUUCUCUGAGGACCCAAUGUAAACGCAACUCAAUCCACUCGAUCCGUGCUCUGAUUCGCAGGAUGCAAACGAAACCUCUCGACGAUGCGGAGAUCGAUGCCGAUCCCUUUGAGAGAAAGGGAGCGAAAUGGGACGAUGAGACUGACGCUGUUUCUAUGGUAGAACCUCAAGACGAGGCACUCUGGUCACUGCGAGAAAGGUCUCGGAGAUGUUCCGAUUCUUCCGAUGUCAACAACUCCGCCCACCCUCAACAACCCCGUUUAGUUCCCAAGCGACAGGCCAUGAAAUAUAGUCAGUCUCACAGAGCGAAUAAUGUCACAUCUCGGUACCUCCCGGAGACAUGUCCACAUCGGAAGCUUGCAGAAAAUGAUCUAAAAGCUCCAGAAUAUGUGGACCUCACAGGCAGAACUUAUCAGGAGCCAUUAGCAAUUGCAGACCAACUGCAACCGACAUCCGAUGAGUUUCUGCCGCCUUGUACUGCUAACACUUUCGACCAGUGUAACAUACAUCCCCUCUCCCAAUCCCAAUCCAACCCCACCUAUCCUGAAAGCUCAUCAUGGCAGCAAUCGGACACGAGCCUAAGUUAUCGGCCACAUCGCUACCCGGAAAACUCUGCCGAAUCACAAGCAGAAUUCUCUCCCCAUUUACGAUCAAAUCAGCAAGCAGAAGGCUUUUCUGACUCCUCUACGUCCUUCCAGCUGCCUCGGGCCGCUGCUUCCUUCCCUAAACAUUCCGGUGCGCAGUUGCAUACAAUGACUCCAUCGUACCAGACUCAAUUUCCUCAUUCUGGGACAAUCUCUUCACGACCAGCUUCGUGGGAUCCCUCAAGCCCAGAGAUGCUGGCGACUUGGCUCGAUCAGAAGCCUGAGGACAUACUACUAGAGGAAUCUCAGCAGGACGCUAAUGUGAGGGAUGAGUUCGAGAACAGAGUACCUAGAACUUCUUAUACGAGCUCCUUUGAGGAGAUUGUGUACCAAGAGGACGAGAUAGAGAGGGAUCGCCGUAAAUUUAGAGCAUCGAAACCCAGGUCCCACUCCUCUGUGAAACGAGCAGAUUUUCGUUGUUCGCUGGAGAGAAUAUCACCAGAACGUCUGGCACUUAUGGAGUACUAUGGUCAGUCCGUAAGACCUCGAUUUCUUGGUCUCGGCAGAGAGCAGCCCCCUGUACACCAGUGUCUUGAUAUCGAGCUCCUGCAAAGACAGUGGCUCUGAGUUGAAGCGACCUCACGACUACGGAAUAUGGAUGCAUCCUUUGUAUGUCCAUCCUGUUGAACAACUUCCAUUGCCUUCCGAUGUGUACAUGUGACACGAACCUCAAUCUUUGCCAUCGAUUCAUUCCAUCCGAAAACACAUAUCGGAACUGAAUAGCGCUCAAAGAGUUGAACGUUUACCGAAACAGAAUGUUGUUCGAGCUUGAUUGCUCCGCAAGCUUGACACAGCGACAGAACAUAAGCAUAAGCAUUGUCAAGCGGCAACUUCGUUCUGUGCUCUGAGAUUCGAUAACAAUUCUCUCAAAGCCAAUUUGUGACGAUAAUCUUCUGGCUCACCAAUUCCUGAACGUGCUACCCACAAGUUAUCACAAGUUCGCCACUGUAGCCUGCACUCUCCAACUGAAAAUAUGACAGAGCAGUACAGUCGGGGUAUCACCUCAAUGUGGUAGGUAACUGCUGGAGUUGUCGUAUGACAGUACAGUAGUAAAUAACCUGACGACAAACCGCACGCAACACGGGCACCAAUUUCUGAUCGUCAAAUAGUGUAUUGCAUCACUUCAUCCUGCGACCUGUUUGACUGAAGAUGGAGCUUGGGACUGCGAUGAUUUGUGCGAGGUAAAUUCGUAACCCAGCAGAUGACCAAUGUGGUGGACCACUGGACUCAGGCUUGGGCGAGAUUUUGAACGGUUUGGGAUUUGUUAGCGCAGAAUUCUACGUGAAGCUCAGUGCGUCGUAAUAAUUAUGAACCGUCCACACCAGUUCACCCCGUCUGCGGAUAUCUAUCUGG